AUGACGCCAUCAAAUUUCACCUCAUACCUCGAUGCAGGCGCGACACCGCUCUAUCUCAGCUUCGCUUUCAUUAUCUACUAUGUCGUCUCAUCUAUCAUAGCUUACGGCCGUCUCCGCGAUUUCCCGGGCCCGCUCAUCGGACGCUUCUCUUACAUAUGGCUCAUAUCAAACGCCCGCUCCGGUCGACCGGCCGAGCACUUCACCAACCUCAACAGGAAACAUGGUUCCCUAGUCCGCAUUGGCCCAAACGACCUCGUCACUGACGACCCGGAUAUCCUGCGUCGCAUGAACGCUGCCAGAUCACCUUACGGCCGAUCAUCCUGGUACGAUACCACAAAGCUAAAUCCUCACGAAGACAGCUUGUUCAGUCUGCGCGACACCGGCGCACAUGACAAGUUGAAAGCGAAGUGCGCAGCUGGAUACGCCGGCAAAGAGAACCUGGCGCUCGAAGACGGCAUCAACUCCCAGGUCGCUGGUUUCGUGGACCUCAUCAAGAGGAAGUAUGUUACUACCGACGACGAGGUCAGGCCGAUGGACCUGGGCAAGACAACACAAUAUUUCACGUUGGAUGUUAUUACCAGAGUUGCGUAUGGAAAAGAGUUUGGGUACCUAGCCACUGAUUCGGAUGUCCAUGACUACAUCAGCACCACGGAGGCGGCUAUACCGCUUCUGCAGCUAUGCAGUGAGGUGCCAUGGCUUGCCAGCUUUAUGUUUUCCAAGCCCGUUCUAGGAGCUGUCGGCCCGAAACAUACUGACAAGAGCGGAUUGGGAAAGCUAAUGGGAGUGGCCAAGGAAGUUGUCGGACGACGUUUCGGUACAGAUGCAAAGGAGGAACCGGACAUGCUGGGUGCCUUUAUCCGGCACGGCGUCAGCCAGAGCGAGUGUGAAACAGAAGUUCUCUUCCAGAUCAUUGCUGGAUCAGACACAACCGCAACAGCAAUUCGGACGACUUUCCUGCAUCUUAUCACAUCGCCUCGCGCAUAUCAUACUCUGAAAACCGAAAUUAGCACAGCUAUCACCCAAUGCCGGAUAUCAUCCCCAAUUACCUAUGAGGAAGGAAAAACAUUACCCUACCUUCAGGCCAUUAUCUAUGAAGGUCUCCGGAUGUGCGCGCCCUUCACCGGCCUUUGCGCCAAAGAAGUGCCCGCCGGAGGAGACACUAUCGAUGGACACUUUGUUCCGGGUGGUACGCGCAUCGCCCAGAACGUAUGGGGCACGCUUCGUCGCGCCGACGUAUUUGGUAAAGAUGCGGACCUAUUCCGGCCUGAGCGAUGGAUCGAAGCCGACGCGGCGACAAAGGAUAAGAUGCAGAAGACAACUGAACUCGCGUUUGGGUAUGGACGAUGGGGUUGUGCGGGAAAGAAUGUUGCGUUUCUGGAAUUGAAUAAGGUGUUUGUUGAAUUGCUUCGCAAUUUUGAGUUCCAGAUUUUGGAUCCCGCUAAGCCUUGGCAUAGCGUCAAUCACAACUUAUUCAUGCAGGAUAACUUUUGGGCUACCUGCGGUGUCUUUGACGACGAGGAGAAGGAAACUGAUUGA